GGAACGGGGUAGGGAGGCAGCCUACUAAGGGUCACCUCCUGAGCAAUGCGGAGCCAAGCGAGGUCCGGCGGCCAUGCCGAAGGCGGGGCUGCUGCUGAACUGCGGCGCUCGGGCGUGGAAGUCUGUGCGGAUGGCCAGCUCAGGGAUGACACGCCGGGACCCGCUCGCCAAUAAGGUGGCCCUAGUAACAGCCUCCACCGACGGGAUCGGCUUCGCCAUCGCCCGGCGCCUGGCCCGAGAUGGGGCCCAUGUGGUGGUCAGCAGCCGGAAGCAGCAGAACGUGGACCGGGCAGUGGCGGCGCUGCAGGGAGAAGGACUGAGCGUGGUGGGCACCGUGUGCCACGUGGGGAAGGCGGAGGACCGGCAACGACUGGUGGCCACGGCUGUGAACCUCCAUGGGGGCAUUGACAUCCUGGUCUCCAAUGCCGCUGUCAACCCUUUCUUUGGAAACAUAAUGGACGUCACCGAGGAGAUGUGGGACAAGAUUCUGGACAUUAACGUGAAGGCCACAGCCCUCCUGACAAAGGCAGUGGUCCCAGAGAUGGAGAAACGAGGAGGCGGCUCAGUGGUGAUUGUGGCCUCCGUAGCAGCCUACGUCCCGUUUCCUGGCCUGGGCCCCUACAACGUUAGUAAAACAGCCUUGCUAGGCCUCACCAAGAACCUGGCCAGAGAGCUGGUCCAAAGGAACAUCAGGGUGAACUGCCUGGCACCAGGACUCAUCAAGACUAGCUUCAGCCAUAUGUUGUGGAUGGACAAGGAAAGGGAGGAGAGCAUAAAAGAAACCAUGCAGAUAAGAAGGAUAGGCAAGCCAGAUGAGUGUGCAGGCAUCGUGUCUUUCCUAUGCUCUGAAGACGCCAGCUACAUCACCGGGGAGACAGUGGUAGUGGGUGGAGGGACCCCAUCCCGCCUCUGAGGACCUGGAGAGAACUCACCAGGCAGAGAUUGGGCUCUAACUCCUAACUACUAUCCCAGCACUCAUCAGUUAGCCUUUCCUACACUAUUCACCUUACCCUACCCCACUCCCAAAAUCAAUCCUGCCCUGUGAAAAGAUCCAGACUUCCCUCUGGUCAAGGUAUGGUCUUAUGAGGAUUCCCUCUGUUGCUGUAGAUAAAGACUUCCCCUGAGAACAUAGGGCAGGCCUGCUGAGAAAGCUGAAUCUACCUCAGGAAAAACUAACAUUUUUUUCCUGGGCAUGGGGGACUUUGCGGGAGAUGGAACUGAAGGGGCCCGGGUGGAAAGAGCAGUUGGAAAAUCAACAACUUGUAAAGGGAGGUGCAAAUAAAAUGCAGAUGACUGUA